AAUUUGAACUAGAAAAAAAUAUUGGUGGUGAAUUAGAAGGAAGUAGAAACAAUGAAUUAGAAAGAUAUAGUAACGGUGAAUUGGAAGGAAGCAGCAACGAUGAUCUAGAAAGAAGUGAUAAUGAUAAACUAGAAAAAAGCGAUGACAAUGAGUUAGGAGAGAGCGAUGAUGAACUAGAAGAAAGCGGCGAUAAUGAACUAGAAGGAAGUGACUAG